AUGGCAGCGCCCGACGCACCCCCGAAAUUCUCCCUCGCCCUCGGCUCCAAGAAAGCGGCGCCGCAAAAUACCAAGAAGCGGCCGCACUCGACACUGCACGAUUCGGACGACGAGGAUGAGGGCGCACCCAAGGCGCAGGACGUCUCACACUUCGAUGCAUCCGCCGGCGGUGCAAUCGACGCGCGGAAACCGAAAGAAGAGACGGGCCCGCUCGUCAUCCCCAAGCAAGCAAACCGCGACUGGCACGCCGAGAGCCAGGCCCGCAAGCGCCAGAAGAGCCAGCUCCCCAGCAGACCUCAGGCGAACGGCCACGGCGACGACGAGCAGGACUUCGAGGAGGAGAAGCCCGUUUUCGGCUUGAACAUUGUGAAGAAGGCGGAUGCGGCGGAGGCUGAUGGCGACACUGAGGCGACGGAGGAAGCGCCUGCCGAGCCGGCUGUGCCGAAGACGGAGGACCAGCUUGCGCUUGAGGCGCUACUGGGCGAAGGGACAGCGUCGAAUCUAGUUGUGCCCAUCGCGGACAACGAGGACGAGGCUUUCAGCCGCGACUAUGAGCGUGCGCCGGAUGUUGCCACACUCGAGGAGUAUGAGGCAGUGCCUGUGGAACAAUUCGGAGCCGCGAUGCUGCGUGGCAUGGGCUGGAAGGAAGGCGAGGCCAUUGGCAGGCGGAAGGGUCAAAAGGCAGUACAGCCAAGGGUCGUGGAGAGGAGGCCUGCAUUGAUGGGCAUCGGCGCAAAGCCUGACAAGGCAAUCGCUGAGGAGCUGGGUGCGUGGGGUAAAGGCGCAAAAAGAGGGAAACCGGCGCAAUCCUACAAUCCGGUCGUUAUGAGAAACAAGAAGACGGGAGAACAGUACACCGAGGAGGAAUUGAAGCAAAAGAUCGCGGACCAAGAGGCGGAGGAAGCGGCACGCGCCCGCGAGCUCGCAAAGCAGAAGGAUUCGUCCGCGCGCGAUUCCGAGAGGCGUUCCGAGAAGUCCUCAAGACGUCACCGAUACGAUGAGGAUGAUUACGAAUCCGACCGCCGUGACAGAGACCGGCGCAAGAGGGAGAAGGAUUCAGACCGGGACUACGACAGUAAACACCGGUCUUCGCGGCGCGACCGCGACCGCAGCGCCUCGGACGAGGAUCGCUACCGGAGACGCAAGUACGACAGCAAGGACUACGACCGGAGGGAUCGUGAUAGGGAUCGCGAUCGUGAGAGAGAUCGCAAGCCUAGCGACAGGAGUCGGGACGAUUAUUCCUCCAAGUCCUCUUCGCGCCGUGACCACCGCGACAGAAGUCGGGACAAAUAUCGCGACUCGGAUCGUGAACGACGCCGACGCCGAGACGAUUAA